AUGGAUAAGUACAGGGACUACCUCGCCACGAAUGUGCUGCAUGAUGGCCGAGCUAUCAGCUACCGCUUGCUCAGCAGGGCCUUGAAGGUCCAAGUAAACCUAGCCAAGCACAUGCUCUCCGAUUUCUACAGCACACAGAACGCGAAAAAACCACAGUCCAUUCACGCAACCUACCUUGUUACCGGCACCAAACGCCCAGAGCCCGCAGCGCACACAAAUGGCACAAACCAUGGAGCGAACGAAGAUGUACACAUGCAAAGCAGUCCAUACCAAAGCUUGGCACCAGAACAAGACGAGGAGCAGAGCAUCAAGACCACAUCGAUUACCCUUGUGAAGGAGGAAGACCUUGAAGAGCUUAAGGCAAAAUACUCCGAAAUUAUGUCGAUACAUAUCUACAGCCUGGAACCUGGUCCUCUACAGAGUCUACACGCUCUCUCUGACUGUAAUCGGGAAAUUGUCUCCAACUAUUCUACCGAAGAUCCGCUUGAGGCUUGGAAGACGUAUGGCACAAUACAAAACCCUCAUGUGAAGCGGCGGACUGGCGGCAAACGCGCAGCACCUGCAGCCACCACUGCUGCGGCAAAGAGCGCGCCGCGCGCAAGCAUCCCAGCCCAGGCGAAGCCGAAGGAGCUGGAGAACACACUGAAGCGAAGCAGAGACCUGAAGAAGGAUUCCCGCGAUGCAACGCCUCAAGCGAACAAUGCUGCAGUGCCUAAGAAAAAAUCAGACGCAAAAGCACCGACGCUGGCUCGAGAGGGGUCGAAUAUCUUCAAGUCGUUUGCCAAAGCCAAGCCUAAGAAGACACCAACCGUUUCUGAAUCGACGACGCCUGCUGCGGAAUCUGUCGAGCCUAGUGCAGCCGAAGAUGAACCCAUGAAAGAUGCCUCAGACGAAGAGGGAGAGGAUGAAGACUUGAUGAUCACAGAACCCACCACCAAAACCAAACAAAGGAGCGAAGCCGCAAGCAAAGCCGCCAGCGAAGCCAAGGCGAGGCGCGACGCACUAGAAAAGAUGAUGGACGACGACGACUCGCCCAUGGCCGACGCACCGGCACCCGCCGUCGAAAAGCCCACCGAAGAAGAAGAAGAAGCCUCGCCCAUCGACCAACCUCCGCCCCCACCCGCAGCAGACGACAAGAAAGAAGCGACAGUGACGGUCUCGGGCGGGCGCCGGCGCGGCCGCAGACGCUUCAUGAAGAAAAAGACGGUCAAGGACGAGGAGGGCUACCUCGUGACGCGGGAAGAGGCCGUGUGGGAAUCCUUCUCGGAGGACGAGCCGGAGCCGAAGAAGCUGAAGACUGUGAGCGCGCCGGCAGCGAAGGGGAAGAAGGGCGCGGCUGCGCCGAAGGGACAGGGCAGCAUCAUGUCGUUUUUUGCUAAGAAGUAGGGGGUUGGUGUCGGUAGUGAUGUGGUGAUGGGGGAGGGAGGGUUCUGCGCCGGUACUUAUGUUGGACGCUUGGGGAAGAUGAUGGAAGGGGGCCGAGGGAUGGCGUGGUCGACCUAGGUACCUAUGGUAUGUACGCAACAAGCAUCGCUGGUUCUCGGUCCGAGUUGGCGGAGGAAGACUGAGCUCAGUGUCUUGUCUCUUGCUAUCGUACCAACUACUGCGCAACUGCAUUCGAUAUACCUGUACUGUACGUUUUAGCCU